AUGGCGAAGUGGGAAUUAAAGCUGGUGAGUUUGCUCGAGCAGCACUCGCUUGGGCACCUCGCCGGGAAGUUCAUGGAUUCCGGUAUUACUUGUGAAGAGUUCGUAGCCCUGCAGCACGAGCAGUACGGUGCGUAUGGUGUUAGUAGCGAUGAGGAUACGGUGAAUUUGUAUCACGCCAUAAAGAAGCUGCGCGGGGAGCCGGCUGUCGGUUCGGACUCGUUACAAUCGGAGGAAGAGUCGCUUCUUGUGCCGCCCAUAUUACCCAGCACCUCGCUUCCGCCUCCGAUGGAAGCAGCAACGGCGACAGGCGCGGUUGGCGACUCAGAUGAUAUUCUAGACGAGAAAGUGAAGGAGCGUCAGUACACAACACGUGGCACCACGCUUCUGAUGCGAACAGAUGACAGCCGGGAGGUUAAACGGCGUAAAAGCCGCAUCGUGGUUGCUGUGCGCAAGCGGCCCAUCAGCCAGUGCGAGCAGCAGCGCGGAUUCACGGACGUCAUGACGACAAACGACUGUGAUGAGCUCGUGCUCGCGGAGACGCGGCAAAAAGUUGACCUCACGCGGUAUACCCAUGCACAUCGGUUCUUCUUUGAUGAGGUGUUCGCCGAAACGGCGAGCAAUACUGACGUAUACAAACGCACGGCGGCAGCGCUUAUUGACACGGUCUUCGAGGGUGGGUACGCAACGUGCUUUGCCUAUGGGCAAACAGGUAGUGGAAAGACGCACACCAUGCUCGGUACCGGUGGCGAGCCUGGCAUCUAUGCUCUUGCAGCAAAGGAAAUGUUGGCCCGUCUUGAUCCCACGAAGCAGAUGUUCGUGUCUUUCUACGAAAUAUACAGCGGGAAGUUGUAUGACUUGCUUAACGGCCGGCAGCCACUGCGAUGUCUGGAAGACGGGAAGCAAAACGUCAACAUUUGCGGACUCACGGAACACCCGCAGAGCAACGUGAAGAGCAUCAUGCGCCUCAUUGAAGAGGGGACUCGUAUCCGAAGUAGUGGGACCACAGGUGCCAACGAUACCAGCUCCCGCUCGCACGCAAUUCUUGAGGUGAAGUUGCGCAACCGGGGGGACAAGGAGCUCUUCGGUAAGUUUACUUUUAUUGAUCUCGCUGGGAGUGAGCGUGGGGCGGACACGAUGGACUGCGACAGACAAACACGGAUUGAGGGAGCGCAGAUCAACAAGAGCCUUCUAGCGCUCAAAGAAUGUAUUCGGUCCCUUGACUUGAACCACAAACACGUGCCGUUUCGAGGCUCAAAGUUGACGGAGGUAUUGCGCGAUUCAUUCGUCGGGAACUGCCGCACCGUGAUGAUUGGUGCUGUCUCACCGACGAGCAACAGCUGUGAACACACUCUCAAUACGUUGCGGUACGCUGAUCGUGUGAAGGAGUUAAAGAAAAGCCGUAGUGAAAGAAAGCCUCUAGAGGAAAAUGAGCAAUCUGAGUUCAUUAUGGAAAAGAAACAGACAUCACCAGCUGCCCGUUUAUCUUCGCAUGGACGACUCUCCAUUUCCCCGCAAGGUUCCUUGAACUUGGGAUGUGUCUCUACUCAUCAAAAUACAAGCAACAAAGGCAAUUCUGUCAAUACAAGUUCCCCCAGCUUACCCAAGCGGCGUUCAGGUACCAUGCGACCGAGUGGAAUGUUGUGCGGGCGAAGCACCGAGCAGUUCAUCAGCGAGAGUACAUUCAAGCGAUCACGCGAGGAUGAUGAAGGUAGGCAGAGCCAGCAACAACAGCAGCAGCAGGGGAAAGAAGAAGCUGGGCGAAAGAGCAUUGACCUCGACCUUGGCAACCGGUAUGAUAAGGUAGUGGAUGAGAUUGUUCAGCUUGAACGUGAGUGCGUCAACACGCAUCGUCUUUACCUUGAUAAAGAUAUGGCACUGAUAAAGGAGGAGUUCUCUCACAUAAUGUCGGUGGAGAUGCCUGAUUCUAACAUUGACACCUACGUGAAUAAUGUUCUAGAUAUACUUAGUGUGAAGCUGAAGGCAAUUCAUCACUUCCAGGGUCAAAUGAUGCGCCUGAGAGGAUUACUUGACGAAGAAGAGAAACUUUGUCAGCGUCUCGAGCAAAACGGGAUUUAG